AAGCAGAAGUCUCGUGCAAAACGUGUCGUGUUGAGUGCCGUUGUUUUUAUUCCCAAAGGAAUCGUUUUUGGCUCGUGCGCAUACAAAGUCAUACCGAAGUGCUUUGUUGCUAGAAUACCGGAAUUUUGCUCGUGAUUUCAUUUGCUUUGUUUUGAUUUUCAUUUUCGUUUUUGCUUUCUUCGUUUAUUGCAUUUGCAUAACAAUUGAAAGCACAUUUUUUUGUCGUCCUGCAAAGUGUGAACUGGUAUUAAGCCACUUAACGUGCUCAAUAAUAUUUCGAAGAUUUCGUAAAUAGUCGCGAACUGGUUCAAGCAGACGAAGUGAGUGCUGAAAAAACGUGAAACAACCAUGCUGAAAUAUUAAUGCGACAGACACGCCUUACACACGCACGCACACAAACCCGAGCAGACGCUUAGUGGAGUUGAGGAAGAAAGGUAAUCAAAACAAUCAACAGCAGGCAACGCUUGACAGCAGCAUCAACGGCGGCAAUAGCAGUGGCAGACGACUAGAUAUAACCAGUGACUUCGUCGGCAUUCGUUGACACUCCAGUCACAGCGAUAGCGAAACUAACAACGCUCCCACAGGCCACCUGCUUACAUCAACGCAUCACAGAAGCGGCAACAGUAGGCACCAAAAGUCAACCGACAAUCAGCAGCUUGACGAGUCAGGCGCGCAGCAAUAAACUUACUCGCACACAUACACGCUGAGCCAACUACCAACCAACUACCGGCUUAUCUGCCUACCAAUAUACACACGCAGUCAUAUGUAACGUAACGACGUGAGUGUUUGCAUACACUAUUUUAUACAUACAAACAUAUAUGCCUACAAAGAGCAGACGCUCAGCCGCUUGUAUCGCAGAUUUGUGCCUUUUUUCCAACUGACUUGAAAAACUCGGCGGCAGUGCGCGAACUUAUCAGAACGUUGCCAGACGCGCAACGCGAAACAACGCAACGGUGUGUAGUAAAGCAGUUAAGUGAGCGAAGGCGAAAAGCGACGGCGCGUAGCAGUAAACACGACAAGUCGUCGUUGUUAAAAACGUUGUGAGCGGCAAUUUUAAGAGAAAUAACAAAAAAAAAGACUCCAUUUUUCUGCACAAAAAAUUGCGAAAAUCACAAAAUUUGAAAACUUACGCUUGUUCUUCUUUUUUGCAACGCCACGAAACCAAAAGUAUUUUGCAUUUAUUUUGCAUGAUUGAAAGGAAAUUGUGUUAAAAAAAAUAUAUGAAAGUUGAUAAAAACUUAAAAGUUAAUAAAAAUAAUUUUUGAUUUCAAAAAUAUAUUUAAUAAACAAACCGCGCUACCUCUAAUACGCAAUAAACCAACAGCAAACGCAACAUAACUAGAAAGUGCAGUAUUUUCAUAUAAUAGCAAUAAAUACUACAACAAAGAAAAUUACAAUUAAAUCGCAUAAUCAACCGCAAGCCAGUAUUAGUUUGUUACAAAACAGUUGAACAAACAAUAAAAACAGCAACAAAACGCUAAAAAGACCGCGAAGUAUACAAAACUUUAAAACAACAACAAUAAAUACACAAAUUCAGCAAAAUGUCUGCCUCCAAGGAGCAAAUAUGCGCCAGUCAGGACAAUGACUUGGACAAGCCGAAAGGAUGUUUCUCAACAAGAUACUUUGUCACCUUCAUGCUCUUCCUGGGCAUGGCCAAUGCCUAUGUGAUGCGUACAAAUAUGUCCGUAGCCAUUGUGGCGAUGGUAAAUCACACCGCCAUCACAGCUGAUCAAGAGGAUAUCUAUGACGAUGAGUGCCCAGAUCAAAAUCUAACAGUUGUGGAAAAUGGACAAGACGGCGACUUUGUAUGGAGCUCCAGUUUACAGGGCUACAUAUUAUCUUCGUUCUUUUACGGCUAUGUGCUGACCCAAAUUCCCUUCGGUAUUUUGGCGAAAAAAUACGGCGCCAUGAAUUUCCUUGGCUGGGGUAUGCUUGUCAAUUCCGUGUUCGCCUUCCUCGUGCCCGUUGCCGCUUACGAAGGUGGCGUCUAUGGUCUCUGCGCGGUACGCUUCAUACAGGGUCUCGGCGAAGGUCCAAUUGUGCCAUGCACACACGCGCUGCUCGCCAAGUGGAUACCACCCAAUGAGCGCUCACGUAUGGGUGCAGCGGUAUAUGCGGGCGCACAAUUCGGCACCAUCAUCUCUAUGCCGUUGUCCGGUUUGUUGGCCGAGUAUGGUUUCUCUGGCGGUUGGCCAUCGAUUUUCUAUGUUUUCGGCGCUGUUGGUACGAUUUGGUCGAUAGCUUUCUUGUGGUUUGUCUAUGAGGAUCCUUCAUCGCAUCCACGCAUCGAUGAGGCGGAGAAGAACUACAUCAACACUAGUCUAUGGGGUACUGGCGAUCAGAAGGUGCCAGCAAUUCCCUUCAAGUCCAUCUUAAAGUGCCUGCCUUUCUACGCCAUCUUGUUAGCGCACAUGGGUCACAACUACGGUUACGAGACACUAAUGACUGAAUUGCCCACCUACAUGAAACAAGUGUUGCGCUUCUCACUGAAAGCCAACGGCUUGCUCUCAUCCCUACCUUACUUGGCUAUGUGGCUCUUCUCAAUGUUCAUUUCGGUUAUUGCCGAUUGGAUGAUCUCAUCAAAUCGUUUCACACACACAACAACACGCAAAAUUAUCAACAGUAUUGGUCAAUAUGGUCCAGGUUUGGCCCUUAUUGCCGCCUCGUACACAGGCUGUGAUCGUGCUUUGACACUUGCCAUACUCACGGUGGGUGUGGGUCUGAACGGUGGUAUCUACUCUGGCUUCAAAAUCAAUCACUUGGAUCUGUCGCCACGUUUUGCCGGUUUCCUGAUGGCCAUCACAAAUUGUUCGGCGAACUUGGCGGGUCUGUUGGCGCCCAUUGCCGCCGGUAACUUAAUCAACAAUAAGCCUACUAUGGGUCAAUGGCAGAUCGUGUUCUUCAUCGCCGCUUUCGUGUAUAUCUUCUGCGCCACCUUCUACAACAUCUUCGGUUCCGGUGAGCGUCAAUGGUGGGACAAUCCAGCCACUGAUGUCAAGGAACCAUCCGCCAUUGCACCUGGCACCACCACACUGACCUCGAAUGGCGCGAAUCCACGUUUCCUAACCGGCGUUGAUAAUGGUCUGACCUUGGCGGCGGGGAAUAUCAACGAAACGGGUCACUGAGCACACGUCUAUCGCUAGACAGCCACAACUGAGCGCCGUUCUAGUAUAUUCGGUUGUGUUUUUUUUAGUAAUUCGAAGCUGUAGUUUCGCGGCUAGUGCUAGUUAGACA